AUGGAAAGCGAGCAAGAACCCAAGCGCCGCGGCCGGUGGAUCGUGGAGGAAGAGGAUUUUGCCCGCGCGUGCAUCAAUGCGUUCAGCUCCGGGAUGCUGGCCGAGGUAGAGGAUGGCACCACUCUGCGAGCCUUCCUGGCGUCACGACUGCACUGCCAGCCCAUGAGGGGUGUGUAG